CUGCCUGAUCGCUUCGCGAACCAACCAGGCGAAUCUUACGAUUAUGGUCAGCACGGCUGAAAUAUACCGGAAGGUUCGGCGUUCUCCAUUAUCACAACAUCAUCCUUACACACAAGAUGUCGGCAGCUCUCCGCGUAGUCGUCUGCGGCCAGUCGGCCCAAAUUGCCAAGGGCGUCAAAGCGGGCCUACUACCCGAGUGCGAAACUAUCCAUGUUGUCUUCAGCGCCGCCGCUGGUGCUAAGGAUAUACCCGCAAUAUUAUCGGGUCAGGCCCCUCCCGCCACGGAUGAGCCGAAUGUGGGGACGGGUAACUACUCAAGAAAGGCCGACGCUAUUAUAGUCGGCGGUGUGUAUGGCGACGAGCAGUUCAACGAGAUGAGAAAUUCGUGCGCAGAAUUGCCAGGAAACGGAGGGGCUGCAUGGCUGAGACUGAAUAUGAGCACACCUACUCCACCUUUGGGGCCCGCGUAUGGGAAGGCGGUGGUGGAGAGGUGCAAAGCCUGCUUGAAGGAGCUCGAGCUGGAUGGGAAACUCGGGACGGACGGAAUUUAUUUCUACUAAUUCUAAAUUUGGGUCUGUUUGAUUUUUAUCCACAGUUGCCAAAUUCAUACUGGAAUGCCAAGUACGAGGGGAUUCAACAUCUCUUGUCAGUGAAAGGAUGAAAAUGAAGAAUCGUUUCAUAUGGCUGGGGCUGUUCCCAUGGGUUUGCCCUUUGGAUACAUAUGCUACGUGAGAAUGAUGAGGCUGUGUUGAAUCUAGACCGAGCGUAUGCCGUGUUAUUUUCUAUCACGCAACUAGUCAAGGAUAAGUGAGUCUAUUGUAUAACUGUAUCUGCGCAUGGUGCACCACGCCCCGUCGUAUUGACGACCAUGAGGUGAGGGCACAAUUUCAGUGCAUGGACUCCCUUGGCACCACCCCCAAGGCGACAGUAUAGAAGCGGUUUAAUAUGAUGCCGUGCAAGAAUCAGCACGCAUAUCGGUGAGAAGGAAUGGUAUCGCGACUUCACUUGGAAUCUCGAUGAAUUCAUCCGUCUUACGUGACGACG